AAACCUAAAAUAGACAGCUCACUUCAGGACACAUGUUUGCCACCCCCCCUUCCCCAGUGGUGUCAGUUGUCUUAUGCCUCGGAUUUGGAUGGGGUGAAACUAUAAAAAGGUCACCGGGAGCACCGGAAAGAUCACUGCAGUCGACUCGAGUCUCGUCUGUCUCAUCUUUACUCUGCAAAGCAAAGACAACAGAGAUCAAAAUGGCCUUCAAAGACAUACUGGAAGAUGCUAAAGUCGCUGCAGCCCUGGCGGAGUGCAAAGACGCUGGCACGUUCUGCCACAAGAAGUUCUUCACCACCUGUGGUCUGGCUGGCAAGAGCGCUGCAGACAUAAAGAAGGCUUUCUACGUCAUUGACCAGGACAAGAGUGCUUUCAUUGAGGAGGAGGAGCUGAAGCUGUUCCUGCAGAACUUCCAGGCUAGUGCACGCGCUCUCACCGAUGCAGAGACCAAGGCUUUCCUGAAGGCCGGUGACACCGACAAUGAUGGCAAGAUCGGUGAUGAUGAGUUUGUUGUCAUGGUUAAGGCGUAAACUGUGCAACCCACCAACAACACCAGCUCUGAUGGAACAACAAAGCCCACAUCGACCUCCCCCCUUGUUCAUCUGAAUAUAAAUGACUUUUAUACAUUUGCUCCAGAGACGUUUCCUCCUCUACCCAACACACUGUCCAAAACUGAUGUUUGUGAAUGUUGCUCGGUUGUGUUCAUGUCUUAAAUAUCAAUUUUGCUUACUGUAAAAUCUAUGAUGCACUUUCCAGGAACGAACUGUAUAAUAAAAAAAGAGAAAGAAUA